GAGAGCGUAGCAGCUGGGCCCGGCGGAGGCCGGCAGAGCCCCGCCAGCAUCAGUAAACCGCUGGAGGGGGCACUCGGACCCCUGGGGAGCAGCGCGCCCCGGAGUGCACCGCGGGGCGCAGGAGGUAGAGACGCAUCAGGGGGCAGAACAUACGUAGGGAGAGACCCGGGUGCCUCCGGGGAAGUGCGCAGCCCUAAAAGGGGCGGGUGAGGGGAGGACGAAGCGAGCUCAGUGCUGGGGCUCGCAGGACCCCAACGGGCAGGGGCAGGUCCUCCUCGGGCCCCUCCCACCAGGCCUGGGCCCCGCCCCUCCGCGGGGGGCCGGAGUCUAACUCCCGCCCCGGCCCAGGACCCUCUGUCCGGCGCUCCCCCUAGGGUGCCAUGGCCUCGCGGCUCCUGCACCGGCUGCGGCACGCCCUGGCCGGCGACGGCCCCGGGGAGGCGGCGGCCGGCACCGAAGGCGAGCAGUUCCCGGAGAGCUCGGAGCUAGAGGACGACGACGCCGAGGGCCUGUCCUCCCGCCUCAGCGGCACCCUUAGCUUCAACAGCGCCGAGGACGAGGACGACGAGGACGAUGAGGACGACGAGGAGGCCGGCCCCGACCCGCUGCCCCCUGGGGACGGGGCGUCGGGAGAGGACGCAGAACGGAACCCCUCAACUGAGGGACAGCGGGGCAGUCAGCUCCUGGCACGGCAGCUGCAGGAUUUCUGGAAGAAGUCCCGGAACACCCUGGUACCCCAGCGGCUGCUUUUCGAGGUGACCAGCGCCAACGUGGUCAAGGAACCCCCCUCCAAGUACGUGCUCUACACCAUCGCCGUGAUGGGGCCGGGGCCACCAGACCGCCAGCCAGCCCAGAUCUCCCGCCGCUACUCGGACUUUGAGCGGUUGCACCGAAACCUGCAGCGGCAGUUCCGGGGCCCCAUGGCUGCCAUCUCCUUCCCCCGUAAGCGCCUGCGCCGGAACUUCACUGCAGAAACCAUUGCCCGCCGCAGCCGGGCCUUCGAGCAGUUUUUGAGCCACCUGCAGGCAGUCCCCGAGCUGCGCCACGCUCCAGACCUGCAGGACUUCUUCGUGUUGCCCGAGCUGCGGCGGGCCCAGAGCCUCACCUGCACUGGCCUCUAUCGCGAGGCCCUGGCACUGUGGGCCAAUGCCUGGCAGCUGCAGGCCCAGCUGGACGCCCACUCCGGCCCAGAUCGCCCUCUGCUGACCCUGGCUGGGCUGGCUGUGUGCCACCAGGAGCUGGAGGACCCUGGGGAGGCCCGGGCGUGCUGUGAGAGAGCCCUGCAGCUGCUGGGGGACAAGAGCCCCCACCCUUUAUUGGCACCCUUUCUGGAGGCCUAUGUCCGGCUCUCUUGGCGCCUGGGCCUGGACAAACGCCAGUCAGAGGCACGGCUUCAGGCCCUGCAGGAGGCGGGCCUGACUCCCACGCCACCCCCAAGUCUCAAAGAAUUGCUCAUCAAGGAGGUACUGGACUGACCUUGCCUAGACAGAAGGCCACCUGGGGAGAGGCACUGCCCCAGGAUGGCCGGGGUGGGGGACAGAUGGGGACCUGAACCGUGGCUGGGAGGCUGUAGGGGUGCUGGGAACCCCGGGAGGUACCACAAAGAAUUUGUAGCAGACCAAGGGCACAUGAUUCUUCUCUUGAGCCCGGCUCAGGAAAAGCUUUGACCGGGGAUGCCUGAGAUGGUACAGAGAGGAAGUCUGAUGCCCUCUCUUCGCUUAUGAACAGCUGGGGGCUGUGCCCAGGUCAGGGUCAGGGUUCCCUCUUCCUUGGGCCUCCGAGCCAGUGAGGCAGCCUGGCCAGAGACUCUGCCUCUGGAGUCCUGGAGGCAGUGGCUGAGGGGGGCUGCCGUUCUGGCCCAGGGGAAUUAAAGGCCAGCAGCUCCAGUGGUCUCAGUCUCUUUAUUGCACGUGAAG